AUGUUUGAAAGUUCAGUUCGUCCUGGUCACGUUCAACAUUCUGAAGAGUUUAUAAAUAAGUUCUUGAAGAAGAUUAGAAUAAAACAAAAGCGGUACAAAUCCGUAAACCAAAAGAGAACGAAUUAUCAUCGAGGGAAUCAAGUCAUGAGUAGCAAAGCUUCGCGACCAAAAUUCAAAUUGGAAGUGUUAUACACAGAUGAGGAAGCUGAUAUGAGUGGCCUUCCCGUAUGGAUUCCAGAUGAACCAGUUGACAAUACAGCGUACACUGCUCUGUUUACAUCCAUAGGGCUGCUUUUGUUCUUUCUAGGUAUCCCUAUGAUAGCUGCAACACUUUUCGGUCGCUACACUGGUGCCCACCAACCAAAAGAAGCAGAAAAACCGAUGGCAGAGGAUCUAUCGCAAUUGGACGACAUAUAUGAUCCGGACGGCGAGUACAGGGACUCAAAAUUUGAUGGAAUGCUAGAUGAAGAUGCCGCGGACGAUGUUGAAAUACCGAGCGACCCACUGGAAACAGCAAAGAUGGCAGGCGAAUCUGAGAGCAAAAGCAAAGCUUUGCAAAAGCGCAGUGUUGCCACUCAAACCGAUUUGUCUUACCUGUCCGACGCACAUGGAGUUUUUGAGCGUUACGAUGUGCAGGGUACCAUGGAUUACCAGGAAAGUACACAAUGGGAAGACAAGGUAGCUGAAAAAAGUGCAAAAGAUCAAAGACAGCGAAGGUAA